AUGUGGAGACGCAGCUCACCCAAGGAGAAGCGUAGCUCACCCAACGAGAAGCGCAGCUCACCCAACGAGAAGCGCAGCUCACCCAACGAGAAGCGCAGCUCACCCAACGAGAAGCGCAGCUCACCCAACGAGAAGCGUAGCUCACCCAACGAGAAGCGCAGCUCACCCAACGAGAAGCGCAGCUCACCCAACGAGAAGCGCAGCUCACCCAACGAGAAGCGCAGCUCACCCAACGAGAAGCGCAGCUCACCCAACGAGAAGCGCAGCUCACCCAACGAGAAGCGCAGCUCACCCAACGAGAAGCGCAGCUCACCCAACGAGAAGCGCAGCUCACCCAACGAGAAGCGCAGCUCACCCAACGAGAAGCGCAGCUCACCCAACGAGAAGCGUAGCUCACCCAACGAGAAGCGCAGCUCACCCAACGAGAAGCGCAGCUCACCCAACGAGAAGCGCAGCUCACCCAACGAGAAGCGCAGCUCACCCAACGAGAAGCGCAGCUCACCCAACGAGAAGCGCAGCUCACCCAACGAGAAGCGCAGCUCACCCAACGAGAAGCGCAGCUCACCCAACGAGAAGCGCAAAAGAACCCCCUUGUACCAGGACCCCCCUUGUACCAGGACCCCCCUUGUACCAGGAACCCCCUUGUACCAGGACCCCCCUUGUACCAGGAACCCCCUUGUACCAGGACCCCCCUUGUACCAGGACCCCCCUUGUACCAGGACCCCCCUUGUACCAGGACCCCCCUUGUACCAGGAACCCCCUUGUACCAGGACCCCCCUUGUACCAGGAACCCCCUUGUACCAGGACCCCCCUUGUACCAGGAACCCCCUUGUACCAGGACCCCCCUUGACCCCCUUGUACCAGGACCCCCCUUGUACCAGGACCCCCCUUGUACCGGGACCCCCCUUGUACCAUAACUGUUACUACAGGACCCCCCUUGUACCAGGGCCCCCUUGUACCAGGACCCCCUUGCACCAGAACUGUUUCUAUAGGACCCCCCUUGUACCAGGACUCCCCUUGUACCAGGACCCCCCUUGUACCAGGACUCCCGUUGUACCAGGACUCCCCUUGUACCAGGACCCCCCUUGUACCAGGACUCCCCUUGUACCAGGACCCCCCUUGUACCAGGACCCCCCCUUGUACCAUAACUGUUACUACAGGACCCCCCUUGUACCAGGACCCCCCUUGUACCAGGACCCCCCUUGUACCAUAACUGUUACUACAGGACCCCCCUUGUACCAGGACCCCCCUUGUACCAGGACCCCCCUUGUACCAGGUCCCCCCUUGUACCAGGACCCCCCUUGUACCAGGUCCCCCCUUGUACCAGGACCCCCCUUGUACCAUAACUGUUACCACAAUAACCUAGGCCCUGUCUUUAACAUCUCAGUAGAGUAG